UGCUGUUCGACGGUUAAUAUCUUUACAUUUACCUGUGGAAAAUACCCACAAAUGUGCGGGUUUUAGCCCCGCAGCAGCUUCUCCGCCUGCUCCCAUCAACACCAUGUAAACACGACAGAGUACGGCGACCGCGAGGGGACACGUCCGUCCGCACAGACUUGCCAACUGACUGAGCUCACCUGCCAACAUGUCCCACACAGCCCUCCACCCUCCCGAGAGGAUUUAUAAUCUGAUCCCCAGAGAAGAGGAGAAGGUCCAGAAGCCGCCGAGGUAUAUAUCCAAGUUCAGAGAACAGGUGAAGCAGGAGAAACAGCUGUACAAGACAUCCAACAAGACUAUGGGUCCAGCAAAAGUGGACAUGCCUUCUCCUGAUAAAUACCUGUUGAAGCACUCCAAGGAGCCCAAACGUCCAGAGAAGAAGCCUUUCUUGUGUGGAGGUGAGGGCCACCCUAAGAAGCCUCCGAUUCCUGCUACAACCGACUAUCCGCCCAUGGGCACCCACACCAAGAAGAACUUUGUGAAAACCAACGCUAUCGAGAACAUCAUGGCCGUGCCGCGGAAGCCGCAGCCCACUUACACGGACACCAGACACGGAGAUAAACAGCUGCUGGAGAACUCAGGCCUGCUUCCUAAGUACACCAAGAAAAAAGACUAUGGUCAGACUCCGGAGUAUCUGCAGCUACGACGUGAGGAGGUGCAGAGAGAGCAGGAGGAGUAUGAUAACUAUGUGAAGGAGAGACUGAAAGAGGGAGCGAUGAGGCAGCUCCCUGAGGGUGAGCGCCAGAACAUCCUGCAGGGUCUGAAGAAGAACUGGGAUGAGCUCCACCAUCAGUUCCAGGGGCUCUCUGUGGUCACGGACACAGCCUCCAAGAAGUUCAGGAAGGAGCAUCUGGAGAUGAAGAUGAAGCAGCUGGAGAGGGAUAUAGACCUGAUGGAGCGAUAUAAAAUCAUCUACAUUACCAACAACUGACCACUGACCACUCAGAACACCACAGCCAGAACCACAGUGGCGUGUGGAACACUAACAGCACAUUUACUAUGAACUGCCUCCACAAAGUCUUUACUCCUCUAGAGUCUGCAGAGAGUCUGAGCUCCUCACUCGUUACAUAAUACAAUAAUGAGGCCUUUGAAGACGUUCAUCAUUCUGCUCCAGUACAAAUAAACCAACCUCCCUGACUUUUA